AUGUCCCCACCAACUGAUGAGCAAAAUCAGUCACAGACUAAGACUGACGAUCUUUCUAAAACUCGACGCAUGUCUUGGAAUGAAAGAAAAUACAAUCUCAUUAAAUUAUACAAAAAUGUCCAAAGUUGGAAGAAGCUUCGGAAUUUAUCUUUUAGACGAUUAGUAAUUACUGCUGCUGUAUGCAUAUUUUCAUUUGGAAUAGGGUGUUAUCUUCUUACAACAAAGGAAGAUGAUAUAAAGUCAACAGCUUCAAAGAUUAUUACAACGUCUUUCGUUGGAGUAGAGAGUCUUACAACUCUUAUUACGAGUCUAAUGUCACUAAAGAAUCUUUAUAAUUCUGGUAAUAAAGACGCGAAUAAAGAAAUGUAUAAAGAUAUUGAAAAAGCAUUAUAUGAUAGUGUAAUUGACAACUCAAAACAAAAUUACCCCAGAAAACUUGAUUCAACAAAUUUUUCACCUUUAAAAUUUGUUAAAAAACUUAAGAAACAUAUACAUCAUAUAAUGCUUCGUCGCCAGAGGGAAAAAGUGUUUUUAAAGUCUAUUUAUAAAGAAUAUUUUGUUAAAAUAAUAAAUGAUAAUAAAGAAAAACAUCCUAGUGGAAAUGAAAAUGCAAACAUUGACAAAGAUUUAAAGGGCAAACUAUUUGAAGAGAUACGUAAAUCCGUGGAUGAUUUAAAAAAGCAGAGAAAAGAUCCAGAAAACCAAACUAUAAAUGAUUAUCUGAAAUACAUUGACAAUGGUAAAGCUUCAGAUGAUAAUUUUGUAAAGAAUUUAAAGCUAGAUGAAGAAGAUCUUAAAAUUUUAAAUGGACUUAAGAACUUAGAUACAAGUUCAGAACAAAGCCUGUUCGAAAAAAUAGAAAAAAACUUAGAAACAAUAAAAAAAAUUGAGAUAAGAGAUAAUAAGUAUAAAGUAGAUGAAAUCGCGAAGUACUUAGAAAUGGAUGAUAAAAACUCUACCUUUAAUUCGAUUAUAACAUUGACACUUUGCUGUAUAAAUUUUGAUGAAAAUAUGGAUGAAAACACGAUGAGCCUUUUUUUUAAAGGCAUAAAUUUUUUAUUAAAACCAGAUCACAAUAUUAACAUAACUAGAGAUUUAAAAAUAAUUGCUGAGGCAUUGACUCUUGGUACUAUUUUUAAUGAUAAAAGUAAACCAAAUAAUGUCAAGAAGAGGAUGGAAGUGAUGAUAGAAGAAGUAUUAGUAGCAAUUAUGCGCAAGAUGAAUGAAAUUAACGAUGAGAUAAAGAAUGAGACAGAUAAGGAAAUUCAAAAGAUAACUAAAGUUUUUGGUGAUGUAAGGACUGGAAUUUUCAAAGACGGAUUUAAACGGAAUAUUCCUUUGUAUGCAGCAACCAUUAUUCUCAUCCCGAAUUUGUAUAUAAUUGGUCUGAUAAGUGUGUCAAGUGUAUCAUGCGAAAAGAAUGAGAAGCAAGAAAAAGAGAAACAUUUAAUGUUAAAAAGAAUUGAAAUAAAUGAUAUGGAGAAAGAAAUAAUCAAUCGUCUUCUUUUUGGGUUAUCAACAGAAGCUUUAGAUGGUGUUGCAGAAAAAAUUUUAGAGAUAACUGCAACUUCUGAUAUGAAAGAGAAACCUGUCCAAGAUGAAUUGGAAAAUGAUUUCAAUAGUGUUAAUAAUUUAAAUAGUAAUUUGAAUUCUUGGAUAUUGAGGCACUUGCAAAAG